AUGAUCAACGUAUACAAGCCUUCAUUACACAGCAGAGACGUGUCCUACAACAACGACUCGUCGACUGAAUCGAUCUUGCAGUACAAUGGCAAUUCGUCGUCUACUCCCAUUUUACCAUUCAACUACACCAUCGAAGGAUUAACGAGAGAUGUCUAUCCUAAGCCAUUGCAUUCGCAUAAUGACUAUUGGAGAAAACAUCCUUUGUUUGACGCUUUGAGUGUUGGUGCUAUUUCCAUCGAGAGUGAUAUUUGGCAUUUCCCACAGACUUAUACAUUACAACGCACAACGACUGAAUCCACUGGUGUAACCACUACACCCAAUGAGACUUUGUAUUUCAAUAGUGGUGAGGUUUACGUUGGCCACAAUCAAGUGUUUUUACACCCGAUAAACACAUUGUUUAAUUUGUACUUGAACCCCUUGUAUCAGUUUUUCCAAUAUGCUAAUCCUAGCUUUGAGUUUGUUGGCGAUGGUGAAGGAAGUCCUUUUAUUGGCGACCAAUCAAAACAUGGCAUAUUUUAUAAUGACCCCGAGCAGCAAGUUUACCUUUGGUUUGAUUUCAAGACUGAGCCCAAUGGAACGUAUGACGCAUUGAAACCAUUAUUGCAACCAUUUAUCGAUGAUGGCCUUUUGACCUACUACAAUACCACCGAUGACUCACUACAUGAAGGGCCUUUGGUGUUGACAAUAACAGGGAAUUUGCCAAUUGAAAAAGUGAAAGAGGAAACGGUGAGAUACACCUUCUUGGAUGGUCCAUUGAGUCAUUUCAACAGUUCAGCUAGUGUCGACGAGUUGCAGGAAUGGUCAAAGUUCUCGCGAGUCGCAAGUGGAUCCAUUCAGGGUCUUGUUGGUGAUAGUUACAACUCUACAAUCAGGAACGAAUUUACCGAUGAACAAAAGGCGAAUCUUAAGGGGUACUUUGAUAAAGCUCACGAGUACAAUUUGAAAACAAGAAUCUGGGGUGAUAUCACAUGGCCAUGGAAUUUAGUUGAUCUGCACUUGCUAGACUUGUACCAAGCUGGAACCGACUUGUUGAAUGUUGACGAUUUGAAGAGAGCUAGCAAUCUCUUCCCAAUAACAUAG